AUGCUGAUGCAGGUUCUGUUAGCUGUGUUGGUGCUGCUGCUGCCCCCCAAUAUUUUCUGUGGGAUGCUGAAAGCAAAAUGCCCACUGAAUUUGAUCAAGGAUGAAAAUGAACCAUGGAAUUUUUACAGACCAGGAGAACUCCUCCUUGGUGGGAUCAUAGCUCUGAAGACUGCUUAUCUGCAGUCACUCAACUUUACAGAGCCUCCCCUUACCAAAAUCAAGAGUUUUUUAAAAAUUGCAAAUCCUCUGCUGGCCUUCUUUGAUUCUCUGUUGGUGCUGCUUCUGGAGCAGGGAAACUACAACAAAACCAUCCAUGUGGAACUUCGGAUGCUAUUGAGCUUUAUCUGCAGCUGUACCAGCAACAGGGAAACCACAAAAUCCUGUCCCCCAGUAGAAGCCAGCAGAGCCUUUGCAAUAACUUCAUACUUAAAAUACACCAUCAUCUUGACCUUCCUACUUGCCAUUCAGGAGAUCAAUCAGAAUCCCAGGAUCUUGCCCAAUGUCACUUUGGGCUACGACAUCUAUGACAACUAUUUCAGCGCAAGGCUGACUUACGAUGGAGCGUUAGACCUGCUCUUCAUGAGGAAGGAGAAUAUUCCAAACUACCACUGUGGAGGUCAGAAGAACCUGCUGGCUGUUCUUGAAGGGUCUGAAUCUGAAAUCCCUAUCCAGGUUUCCAGUCUACUGGGCAUCUACAAAAUCCCACUGGUCAGUUACGGGUUUGUUUCCCACAUUCUUCAUGAUCCAGCUCAGUUCCCUUUUCUCUACCGGAUAGUUCCAAAAGAGGAACAACAAUACCUGGGGAUUGUCAAACUGCUCCUGUACUUCCAGUGGACGUGGAUCGGUCUUGUUGCACCGGAUACAGAUAUUGGAGGACAAUUCAUGAAAAUCUUCCCCGCACUGCGAAGCAAAAGGAUAAAUGUGGACAUUAGUAUGACAUUUGAUAUCAUGCGGUUUGGGGAAAAGGCAUUCAAUUGUUUCUAUUCUAAAUCUUCAAUUUCUGUGAAAGGUCAACUCCACACUUUCCUAAGGAACAUUUAUCUUUACAACACUUCCAUGGGUGAAGCUUAUUUGGAUGAAAAUGGGGAUGUCACAGUGGAUUUUGAUAUCAUGAUAUGGAAGAAAUUCCCCAAUAAGUCUGUUGUUGGAGUGAAAGUGGGGAGUAUAGAAAAGCAAGCAUCCCCAGACAUAAAGUUCACCAUCGACCAGGAGGCCGUUCUGUUCUCCAAGAGUUUAAACCAGCCCGUGCCCCGUUCCAGGUGCUCUGAAAGCUGUCAGCCUGGAUAUGCCAAGAAAGCUCAGGAAGGAAAUGUAUCUUGCUGCUAUGACUGUAUUCAGUGCCCAGAAGGGACAAUCUCCACACAGGAAGAUGCAGAGCAUUGUGACAAAUGCCCAGAAGACCAGUAUCCAAACAAGGACCGUACUCAAUGUGUCCCAAAGGCCAUAACCUUCCUGUCUUAUGAAGAACCUUUGGGGAUCAGCCUAGCUGUCUUUCCUCUCCUCUUGUCCCUAAUCACUGGUUUAGUUUUAGGACUCUUCAUUAAAUUCCUGGACACUCCUGUAGUCAAAGCCAACAACCGGGACCUCACCUACAUUCUUCUGGCCUCCCUCCUGCUUUCCUUUCUCUCCUGCUUUCUCUUCAUUGGCCAGCCAAGGAAGGUGACCUGCCUUCUCCGACAAACCACCUUCAGCAUCAUCUUCUCGGUUGCCGUCUCUUCUGUGUUGGCCAAAACGAUCACUGUGGUGGUGGCCUUCAUGGCCACUAAGCCUGGGAACAGGAUGAGGAAAUGGCUGGGGAAGACUCUGGCAAACUCCAUUGUCAUUUCUUGUUCCGCUGUCCAAGUUGUCUUCUGUGCCCUCUGGCUGGGAAUCUCUCCCCCCUUCCCAGAGUCUGACAUGCACUCCCAGCCUGCACAUAUUGUCCUACAAUGCAACGAAGGGUCUGUCACCAUGUUUUAUGGUGCCCUGGGCUACAUGGGCUUCCUGGCUGCCAUCUCUUUCAUGGUGGCUUUCCUGGCCAGGAAGCUGCCCGGGGCCUUCAACGAAGCCAAGCUCAUCACCUUCAGCAUGCUGGUGUUUUGCAGUGUUUGGGUGUCCUUUGUGCCCACGUACCUGAGCACAAAGGGGAAAUACAUGGUGGCCGUGCAGGUCUUCUCCAUCUUGGCCUCCAGUGCUGGCUUGCUGGGCUGCAUCUUCCUUCCAAAAUGCUACAUCAUUAUCAUGAGGCCUAAUCUUAAUACCAAGGACCAUUUAAUGAGAAAAGUGAACCACUUACAUUGA